UUGCGACAAAAGUAUUACACGAAAUGUUUUUUAAUGUAACUUCGUGUAGAUUAUCGAUUUUCUAUACAUUUAUUUAAUAUUAUAAUAUUAAAUUAUUGUAAUCACUUGAAUGAUAUUUAAAAUAAUACUAUCUUAAUCUUGUUUUUUUUUUGUGUUUUAUUUUAACCUGACAUGUCAUUGAUUAUAACCACUUAAUUGUGAACUGAUUUUAUUGAAAACAUGAAUCAUAUAUUUAAGCUUGAACAAAUCAAUAUAAUAAUUACUAUUCUUAAUAAAAGUCGCAUAUGUUUAAUUCUAUAAAAUAAUAUAAAUUUUUAUAGAAUGUAUUCAAAUAAAAUUGGGAAUAAAUUAAAAGAUAUGUGACAUAAUAACAAAUAACUGUAUCAGAUAGUCAAACAAAAUGAUGAAGAUUUAUAAAAAACUUGCUAUCAUUUCUUUAAUAGGUUCGGUAUUAACAAUUAUUGGAUUAAUUACAGGAAUUCUUUGGUCUACAAUUUAUUCUUCAAUUAUACAUACGCAAUUAUCCUUAACACCUACAUCUACAAGUUACAAGCUUUGGGAAGUAACACCUAUUCCUAUGUAUUUGAAGUUAUAUAUGUUUAAUUUAACAAAUUAUGAAGAUUUUAUUUCAAUUAAUGGAUCAAAACCAAAUUUUGUGGAAAUGGGUCCUUAUGUAUUUAGAGAAGUUGAUUAUAAAGUAGAACAAAAAUGGCAUGAAAAUGAUACUAUAACAUAUCAAAGAAAAAGAGUAUGGUAUUUUGAAAAAUCUUUAUCAGUAGGAAGUUUACAAGAUAAUGUAACUAAUAUAAAUCCUAUAACUGCUAGUGUUGCAUAUGCAUUAAGAUAUCAAAAACCUUUUAUUCGUGAUUUAGUAGAUAGAAUAAUGAAAGCAAUAGAUCAAAAAUUAAUAAUUACCAAAACUGUUAAUGAAUUACUUUUUGAAGGUUAUGAUGAUCCUAUGUUGAAAAUUGCUCGAAAGAUGAAUUUUACUAAAAUUCCUUUUUCUAAAUUUGCUUGGUUUUAUGGGAGAAAUGGUUCUGCAACUUAUGAUGGAACAUUUAAUAUGUUAACUGGUAAAUCUAAUUUACUUAAUGUAGGAAUAGUUAAAGAAUGGAAUUUUAAUACUAGAGUAAAUUAUUAUCCUGGAGAAUGUGGAAUAGUUAAAGGUACAAAUGGUGAUUUAUGGCCACCAUUACCUGAUAAUAAAACUAUUUCUUUCUUUGUACCUGAUAUUUGCACGAGUAUGUCAGUAACAUAUGAUAAUACAACUAUUCAUGAAGGAUUAAGAGGUGCUAGAUAUAUUAGCGAUGAUACAAUAUUUGAUGAUGGUACAAAAGUAUCAUCGCGUAAAUGUUAUUGUGUAGGAGAAUGCAUUCCUUCUGGAGCAUUAAAUAUUUCAUUAUGCAAAUGGGGUGCUCCAGCAUUCAUCAGUUUGCCACAUUUUUAUUUAGCAGAUCGAAGUUAUAGAGAAAAUAUCAAGGGAAUGGAACCUAAUAAAGAAAAACAUGAGCUUUCAAUAUCCAUAGAACCGAAAACGGGUGUUCCACUAAACGUAAAUGCAGCAUUACAAUUAAAUUUAUUGAUACAAAAUGAUGCUCAUAUGAGCAUGUUUAAAAAUAUUAAAAAAACAUUUGUACCAAUGUUAUGGUUUACUCAAGAAGCUUAUUUAACUGCUAAUUACGCUCGUAUUAUAAAAUUUAUUAUUAUUCUGGAAUCUUUAGGUAGCAUAACUUGUUAUGGUAUUGCCUGUAUUGGCAUUUUAUUUAUAUCUAUCGGCAUUUUCUUAUAUAUUAGACAUAAUUUUAGAGGAGAAGAAAAUCAAGUUUUAUUGUCAAAAAGAUUUAUCAACAAUGAUGAUAUUACUAGUAUUAAUGGAUGAUUAGUAUAUGAAUAUUAGAUUAUAUAAAAAGAUAUUGUAAUCAAUGUGACCAAAAGAUAAAAAACGGUCUUCGAAAUUCAAGAGUUUUUAAACUUCAUUGAAACUGAUAUAAUAUAAGAUAACAUCAAAAUAAUUGUGAAAAGAUUAUAUUAAUAGAAAUUUAAUGCAUUGUUUAUAAACAUGCUUUUAAAUUGUACGAUAAUCAAGUGCCUCAUUGCUUUAGUAAAAAUGGAUAUUAGAAUUAGCAUAAAAGUAGAUAUCUCGAAUAUUUGAGAAUGAUAUGCAAUAUAUAUAUGUAUAUAGCGAUUUAAAAUUAAUAUAAAUUUACUUUCCUAAACAAAGAAUAGAAAUUUGUAAAUUUUUGUCUUUAUCUCUCCUAUUUUUCUAGCGAUUCAAAAUAUAUAUUAUAUUAGAUAUAUACAUAUUUUUAUCUAUAUAAAAUAUAAAAAAAUAAUAAAUAUUAGAAUUAUAUUUAUCAAAUUUAAUUCAUGUUAAUAUUUAUCAUGUAGUUGAAGUUAUAGCAAUUACAAUGCUGUUACAGCUGUGAUAAUUAAAUUUUUCUUUCAUUAAUAAGAAUUCGUAGAAAAUAAAAGAUAUUAGUUUUGUACAAAUUAUUGA